CGCCAACGAGUAUAAAUGGCGGGCCCGGCAACACAGAGGCAUCAGUCGCUCGAUUGCCUUUCAGUAACAAACAGUCCCAGGACAACCAAAAACCCAUCCAAAAUGAAAUCGUUCAUCGUAGUCGCCCUUUUCGUCGCCGCCGCUGUCGCCGCCCCUGCUGGCCCCGACGCCGAUGCCCAGAUCCUGCGCUACGACAGCGACAACAUCGGACUUGACGGCUACAACUACAGCGUGGAGACCUCUAACGGUAUCAAACAACAAGAGGAAGGUCAGCUGAAGAACCCUGGUACUGAGAACGAGGCUCUCCAGGUCCGCGGCCAGUUCGCCUACACCGGCCCCGACGGCGUGGUCUACACCAUCACCUACAUCGCCGACGAGAACGGCUUCCAGCCCCAGGGUGCCCAUCUCCCCGUCGCUCCUUAAGUUAGCUCCAAUAAUUUCAAUAUCUAGUCCAAAAAUACUCAUCCCUAACCUUACCCCUUCCCUUUGUUAAUUAUCCACUCUAAGCGAUCUGUGAUAUGAUCCUGAAAGAUUUUGUUAAUAAACAUAUUAUGUUAUAGUA